AUGGGAAACAUUUGUGGAAAGCAAGAAUUGGGAACAGCCGAUGAGAUCAAGGCCAACCAUGCUAUCAACCAUCUGUUGAAGCACGACAGAGUCAAGCUCGAGGGAGAGAUAAAGUUGUUGUUGUUGGGCGCUGGUGAGUCCGGAAAGAGUACCAUCGCAAAGCAGAUGAAGAUUCUUCAUUUGAAUGGUUUUACAGAGGAGGAGAGAGGAUCUUACAAGACAAUCAUUUAUAACAACACUGUUGGUUCAAUGAGAGUGUUGGUCAAUGCCGCUGAGGAGCUCAGGAUUGGCAUCAGCGAGAACAACAAAGAGGCUGCCUCUAGAAUUUCAAAUGACUUGGGCGAUCACUUCAACGGUGUCCUCACUCCAGAGUUGGCCAAGGACAUCAAGCAGUUGUGGUCCGAUCCAGGCAUCCAGACUGCCUUCUCACGAUCAUCCGAAUUCCAAUUGAAUGACUCUGCUGCAUAUUACUUUGAUGCCAUUGAAAGGAUAUCAAAGCCAGAGUACCUUCCAUCAGAGUCUGAUGUGUUGCGUUCACGUACCAAGACGACAGGUAUCAUUGAGACACAGUUUGAGGUUGGUGGAUCGCAGUUCAGAAUGGUCGACGUCGGUGGACAGCGUUCAGAGCGUAAGAAGUGGAUGCACUGCUUCCAGGAGGUGACCGCCGUCAUCUUCUGUGUGGCACUGAGCGAGUAUGACCUCAAGCUGUACGAGGACGACACCACCAACCGUAUGCAAGAGUCGCUCAAGCUGUUCAAGGAGAUCUGCAACACCAAGUGGUUCGCCGACACAGCCAUGAUCCUCUUCUUGAACAAGAGCGACCUGUUCGCCGAGAAGAUCACCAAGUCGCCACUGACCCAGUGCUUCAAGGAGUACCAGGGUCCAUCCACGUACGAGGCCUGCAGCGACUACAUCAAGCAUCAAUUCCUGACCCAGAACGAGAACCCCAAGAAGCUGAUCUAUCCACAUCUGACCUGUGCCACCAACACCUCCAACAUUGCCCACGUCUUUAACAGUGUCAAGGACAUCGUGCUCAACAUCACCCUGGACCAGGCUGGUAUGACCAUUUAA